GAGCUGGACUUGGGAGCCGGAGCCGGACUUUUGCAUCGGUGGGCGCGGACCGCUUGGGACAGGUGUAAGGCAUCGGCCAGGUGAGCGGCGAGCAAGGGCGACACAGGGCUCGAACCAGAAGCGGGGGAGCGUUGGGGGUACUUUUGGGAUGAGCCCUUUUCCUGGCAGGCAGGGGAGCCAGAGGGAAUUGAUGAUCCAGGAAUCUGCGAAAUUGAAGCGUCCCACGGCAGAGGAUCGGGUCCUGACUUCCUAACCUCCAGCCUGAAGGAUCCACCCCCGUUUUAUAAUUGAAACGCUCGAGAGGUUUGCUUUGUGACUGAUGGAAGUAGAGCCCGGUCUUUAGACUCCCGACGAGGAUUAAACGUUUCUUAAUCUUUCGAAGUGGGGUCUCCGUGUCCUAAGAAGUUACGUCUUGGUGAGAUAAGAAUGGUUCACAUUUCUCGAUCCAAGCUCAUCAGUGUCUGUCCAGGCAUUUCGUUCACUCACCAGUUCAUUCAUUCAGCUGUCGGACUCUCAGUUCCGUUUUAGACAAUGGCGACAUAUCUGGAGUUCAUUCAGCAGAAUGAAGAACGCGAUGGUGUGCGCUUCAGUUGGAAUUUGUGGCCAUCCAGCCGUCUGGAGGCCACGCGAAUGGUGGUUCCGCUGGCCUGCCUCCUUACUCCUUUGAAGGAACGUCCAGACCUGCCUCCUGUACAAUAUGAACCUGUGGUUUGCAGCAGACCCACCUGCAAAGCUGUCCUCAAUCCACUUUGUCAGGUUGACUAUCAAGCAAAACUUUGGGCUUGUAAUUUCUGUUUCCAAAGAAACCAGUUCCCCCCAGCAUACGCAGGCAUAUCUGAGGUGAACCAGCCUGCUGAGCUCAUGCCCCAGUUCUCUACAAUUGAGUACGUGGUACAGCGAGGUCCUCAGUCCCCUCUGAUCUUCCUCUAUGUGGUGGACACGUGCCUGGAGGAAGAUGACCUUCAGGCCCUGAAAGAGUCCCUGCAGAUGUCCCUGAGCCUCCUUCCUCCAGAGGCCCUGGUGGGCCUCAUCACUUUUGGGAGGAUGGUGCAGGUUCAUGAGCUGAGCUGUGAAGGAAUCUCGAAAAGUUAUGUCUUCCGCGGGACCAAGGAUUUAACUGCAAAACAAAUACAGGAUAUGCUAGGCCUGUCCAAGUCAGCCAUGCCCAUGCAACAAGCAAGGCCUGCGCAGCCUCAGGAACACCCUUUUGUUUCCAGCAGGUUUCUGCAGCCCAUUCACAAGAUUGACAUGACCCUCACAGAUCUCCUUGGUGAGCUGCAGAGGGACCCAUGGCCAGUCACUCAGGGGAAGAGGCCUCUGCGGUCCACGGGGGUUGUGUUGACCAUUGCCGUCGGCUUGCUGGAGGGUACUUUUCCAAACACGGGAGCCAGGAUCAUGCUGUUCACUGGAGGGCCCCCCACGCAGGGGCCCGGCAUGGUGGUGGGAGAUGAAUUAAAAGUUCCCAUUCGCUCCUGGCACGAUAUUGAGAAAGAUAAUGCACGGUUCAUGAAAAAGGCUAUGAAGCACUACGAAUUGCUCGCUAAUCGAGCUGCUGCAAACGGUCAUUGCAUUGAUAUUUAUGCUUGUGCCCUUGAUCAGACUGGACUUUUGGAGAUGAAGUGUUGUACAAAUCUUACUGGAGGCCACAUGGUGAUGGGAGAUUCUUUCAACACCUCCCUCUUCAAGCAGACCUUCCAAAGAAUUUUUAGUAAAGAUUUUAAUGGAGAUUUCCGAAUGGCAUUUGGUGCUACUUUGGAAGUAAAGACCUCUCGGGAGCUGAAGGUCGCAGGAGCCAUUGGUCCGUGUGUGUCUUUGAACAUGAAGGGACCCUGUGUGUCAGAAAAUGAGCUUGGUGUGGGAGGCACAAGUCAAUGGAAGAUCUGUGGCCUGGAUCCCACAUCUACACUUGGCAUCUACUUCGAAGUCAUCAAUCAGCACAACGCCCCAAUCCCCCAAGGAAGCAGAGGAGCCAUCCAGUUUGUCACACAGUAUCAGCACUCCAGCACCCAGAAGCGCAUCCGCGUGACCACCAUUGCCCGAAAUUGGGCAGAUGUGCAGAGCCAGCUCCAGCUCAUAGAGGCUGCAUUUGACCAGGAGGCUGCAGCAGUCCUGAUGGCACGGCUUGGAGUGUUCCGGGCAGAGUCAGAGGAGGGCCCCGACGUGCUCCGGUGGCUGGACCGGCAGCUCAUCCGACUGUGUCAGAAGUUUGGACAAUAUAACAAAGACGAUCCCACUUCUUUUAGGCUAUCAGAUGCCUUUUCUCUAUAUCCUCAGUUCAUGUUCCACCUCAGAAGAUCGCCGUUUCUCCAAGUGUUUAACAACAGUCCUGACGAGUCAUCCUAUUACAGACACCACUUUGCACGGCAGGACCUGACCCAGUCCCUCAUCAUGAUCCAGCCCAUCCUCUACUCCUACUCCUUCCACGGCCCACCGGAGCCGGUGCUCUUGGACAGCAGCAGCAUUCUAGCUGACAGAAUCUUGCUGAUGGACACUUUCUUCCAAAUUGUCAUUUAUCUUGGUGAGACCAUAGCGCAGUGGCAGAAGGCCGGCUACCAGGACAUGCCUGAGUACGAGAACUUCAAGCACCUGCUGCAGGCUCCGCUGGACGACGCGCAAGAGAUCCUGCAGGCGCGCUUCCCCAUGCCGCGCUAUGUCCACACAGAGCAUGGUGGAAGCCAGGCUCGAUUCCUUUUGUCCAAAGUGAACCCGUCUCAGACACACAAUAACCUGUAUGCUUGGGGACAGGAAACCGGAGCGCCCAUCCUGACAGACGACGUCAGCCUGCAGGUGUUCAUGGACCACUUGAAGAAGCUGGCUGUCUCCAGUGCCAGUUAGGUGGAGGGCUGGCUGGAAUUAACGAAAACCCUGUCCAGUGUGCUCACCUUUGUUUAUAAAGGCUUCGUAACAUUCCCUUCACUUUUUAAUAAGUAAUCAAAGCAAGUUUUGUAUGUAAAUCUGUAGGUUAUAAUUUAUUUGUCUCUCUUGUGUUUGUCCCUUUUCCAUAUCAUAAAAUUGUAAGGUCAUAAACCUUAGUAGUAGUUUUUGUGCUUUUUGUCUCCUAACUUUUUAGUCUCUAUAAAAUCAGAGAUACUGUGUUUGGGCAUCUUGUUUUGACUCAAAUAUUAAGGAUCGUAAAGGAAACAAAACUGGAUGAGGAAAUCACUGGCUAAAACAGUGCUAAUACACAUUUGAUCCCCUGAGGUGUCUGUGUGUCUGCAGGUUAAGUGACUUCCUCAGAAGGCAUUUCCUGAACGUAGUACUUUCUGAGCAUUAGGAGUCCAAGGAAAAGUAAGACACGUGUGAAGCUCUGUUGGGGUGGGGCCUGCCUGAGUAACUUGCCUGUCCACAGUCCAGCCCAGGUGAUAUCAACAACAGCUGAUGGCAUAAGUGACUAGGACACUGAUAACGCAUCUGUCUUGGGUAAAACAACUUAAACAGGUGCUUUUUAAAAAUCAAAGUAAUACACACAUAUGGUCAAAGCAAACACCUAACCCUGGAGAGCUUGUGACAAGCAAUGGUUCCUUCUCUCCCUGAUCUUAAACCUACCAUUCAGAACUGCAUUCAUCUUCUUACAUGGUUUUGUUGUUAAAGUAUUAAGUUUUAGCCAGUAUCUUCCAAUUUAUAUUUAUAUAGAAUGAGGAUAUUGUGACCUUUCUACCCUCCAGUUUUGGUCAGUGAUACCUUUAUUUUUAUAUAAUCAAGAUUGGUACAAUUUAUAUCUU